CAUACACUUUUAGUUCAUUCCCCUCUUCUGCUCUUCUUUCCAGCAUGUUGCUGUACUGUCUGUCUCGUCACAUCCGACGUACCAGCAGAUCGCUGCUAUAUCUACUGCUGGUUCCUCCAUAAGAACGACGACUCCCAUAAGGCCCCGCAAUGUCGAGCUCUGCAUUGGCCUCCUCCUCCUCCUCCAAACACCGCUUCGUGCUUCUGACGUUUGCAGUCUCAGCUGCCGCCUCGUCGGGCUUCUGGAGCGACAUAUACAACUACAAAGCUCCUCCGCCGGAAUUGGGACCUCCGGGUGCUGCGGGCGCUCUGCGAGACAAGAAACAGUUACCCUGGGAGAUCUGUGGCAUAGUCGGCGCCUACCUGGUGACUGUGCUGGUUGCACUGACUCUACUCCUGACCGUCGGCAAGAGGAUGAGACGAGACGCGGAGUUGUCACCUCUGACCCUGGAGAUAGAGAUGGUCAAAGCGGGAUCCCAGGCGUUUGAUAUAACGCCAGUGUCCCCGGCCUCGACAACGAGAUCGUGGUUCCAGAAAAAGUUCCAUAGGACACCUUCGUUCAGGAGCGGCAUGAGCAGCCCCACGAGUCCGACCGUGCAAAGUGUAGCUUCUUUCGACCAUAUGGUUCUGAAAUCAGACAAGGAACAGCGACAGCGGGAGAUGGAGAGGUUGUACGCUGCUGUCAUGGAACACCAAGACGAACAAGAAGCCCGCAAGUCCGCACAAUCGAUGGUCACUGAUCCUGAAGUGGACCAGACCAGCCAGGACCACAGACGCCCGCUACAGAUCAACACCACGGCCAAACACUCCGAUCUAUAUCCCAGUCCACAGAGCGCGACCACUCCAAGAAGCUUCUCUCGUCCUCUCCACCCAAUGGAGCCACCACGCAGUGCUCGCAGCACACGCUUCGCAGAACAACAACAACCUGAAGAACGCAGCUCGCCACAGCGCAAUAAUGCAGGCGCUCGCCGUGAACCCGCACUGUCGCCCCUUUCCCCGCGUAAAUUCCUCUCCAGAGGCCCCCGACGCGACUCCGACGCCUCCAGCUCCAGCAAAACCCGCAAAUCUCUACACAAUCUACGCAUCUCUGGCCCGAUCCAGAAAUAUCCAGGCGAGCAGUCCGACGAGGAAGCCCGGACCCCUCUCUCCCCACGCUUCUACGACCCUCCACCGCCACCAGCUCUUCCGUCUAUCCCAUCGCCACACGACUUUGCUACAUCCCAGGGCACAGCACGCAACGCAGACUCUGCAUACGCACAAGAAGCCCGCGACCAGCCAGCUCCUCUGCCAUCCGCCCGCAUCCCGCGCAUAAACACACUCGCGCCUCCGCCGGCGCUCAACAUCUCACCCGCAAAGAGCGCCGCGAGCAGCACAUCCACGCUCCCACUCCGUUCGUACCACGACGCAGCAGGCCUGGCACCUGUCCCCCCAACGCCGACCAAGACAACGUAUGUACAGGCGCGGAAAGACAAACUGAGUCUCACAACGCCGCGCACGGGCAUGCCCAACACGCCGUAUAGUCCGUAUAUGCCCUUUACGCCCAUCACGCCCGUCACGCCCAGCCAUCUAGUGACGAGGAAGGAUCGCAAGGAGAGGAAGAAGAUGGAGGGGAAGAGGGUGCUCCGGGAAGAUGAUAUGGUCAAGGAGGAGGAUGAGCUAUGGUAGAUGAUUCAUCAUUUGACGGUUGUUUCUCGUGUAUAUGUUUUACCUCGCGGUUUCGGGGCUGGGCUUGGAGGGGUUGUUAUGCAUUCAUGGGUGAUGAAGGUCCCAUGUCACACACAAUUGCAUCAAUAUACUGCAUGAUUUAGACCUGACUUGACAUGACAUAGGGGUGUUGAUGGCUUGAGCAGUUCACAUGGUCAUGUUGCAUUCUUAUCAUUGAACAUCGAGUCUCUCCACU